UUGUAAAAUUUUGAGUGGUGAAGACAAAACUAAUAAAGUGAUUAACUACAGCGAACUUAAAUAGCGAAGAAAGUUCAUCAAUAUGAAUACGGAGGAGUUUCGAAAGUACGGGAAACAGAUGAUCGAUUACAUCUGUGACUAUGGACAGACGAUCGACACACGAGAUGUUGCCCCAACGGUGGAUCCUGGAUUUCUCCGCCAGCUAUUACCAGAUGAAGCACCACAGAAGGGCGAAGACUUCAAGCGUAUGCUGGAUGACGUCGAGACGAAGAUCAUGCCCAAUAUGGUACACUGGAACCAUCCACGCUUUUUCGCCUACUUCCCCGCCGGCAACUCGUAUCCUUCGAUUCUCGGCGACAUGCUCAGCAGUGCCAUCGGGUCAAUAGGAUUCUCAUGGGCAUCCAGCCCAGCCGCAACAGAGCUCGAAACGAUUGUCCUCGAUUGGUACGCGAAAGCACUCGAUCUACCGUGCUUCUUCCGUAGCGACGCGAAAGGUUCCCGUGGUGGUGGCGUCCUACAAGGAUCAGCGUCCGAGUGUGCGCUGGUUUGCAUGAUGGCUGCCCGCGCUCGUGCCAUUAAAGAACUCAAAGGAAAUCACGUCGAUGUGCACGAUAGUGUCUAUCUGCCACAGUUGGUCGCGUAUGCCUCCAAGGAAGCACACUCAUCGAUCGAGAAGGCAGCCAAGAUGGCGAUCGUGAAGCUGCGCGCACUGGAUACCGACAGCCGAGGCGUGUUCCGUGGCGAUACACUGCGUCAAGCGAUUCAGGAAGAUAUGGCACAAGGAUUAACACCGUUCUUCGUAGUCGCGACCGUUGGCACAACGUCCGCCUGUGUAUUUGACAAUCUUGUCGAGAUCGGACAGGUGUGUCGCGAGGUGCGUAGCAUUUGGUUCCAUGUGGAUGGUGCGUAUGCAGGCAAUUCUUUCAUCCUGCCCGAGAUGCGCCGCUUCAAGGAGGGGCUCGAGUAUGCCGAUUCGUUCAACACAAAUCCAAACAAACUGCUGCUGACAAACUUUGACUGUUCGGCAAUGUGGGUGAAGGACGUUAAAUCGCUCACCACAGCGCUAGCCGUCGAUCCGCUGUAUCUGCAGCACGAUCACAGCAGUGCAAUCGAUUAUCGACACUACGGAAUUCCUCUCAGCAGACGCUUCCGAGCGUUGAAACUGUGGUUCGUCUUCCGAUCGUACGGUAUCGUGGGGCUGCAGAAAUACAUUCGCAACCAUAUAGCGUUGGCAAAACGAUUCGAAUCGCUGGUCAGCUCCGACGAUCGCUUCGAGGUGCGAAACGACGUCAAUCUGGGACUCGUCUGUUUCCGAUUAAAACAACAGGAUCGCAUCAAUCGGGACCUGCUGGCGCGAAUUAACCAGUCGGGCAAAUUCCACAUGACUCCCGCGAUGGUACGGGGCAAAUACAUAAUUCGCUUCUGUGUAACGUACGAACACGCCACCGAAGAGCAUAUAGAUUACGCAUGGGAGGAAAUUAAAAACUACGCCGAAGAAACACUUGCUGCCGAAUGUCCGGAAGAGAUCACCGAGCCUGUUCCAGCGACGAAAAAGCCACCAAAGAAGCUUACCCGCAGCAUGUCCACGCGUUUCUCCUUCACGCGCAGUGUUUCGCGGGAAAUCUUCGAACGACAGAACAGCCGCUCCCAGCUCACGGACGGAUGCACACCGAUCGUCAUUAUCGAUACCGAUGACAUCCUGGAGAGUCUACAGCGUGCCUCGAGGAUGAACGGUGAGCGAAGUUCGAACGACACGUACGACACGGACAGUACAGACGAGGCCAGCAAUUGACUAAGCCGAGCAAACUCCUGCAUUUCUCGCACGUCCCCAUUUACUUCGUCUUCUUCCGCUGAUGAGUCGCCGGACGCUGGAGAAGAGACGGAAGGAAGCACAGGCUCUACCAUUGGCCGAUGUAAUUCGGUCAAAAGAUCUUGCGCUAAAGACAACGGUUACAGCCGACUUCAACAACAGCAGCCACAUCAUCAGCCACAGGACCAGGACGCGAGACCGACCAAGUCAAAAAGUUGCUCCAAUAUUAAGCAGUUGUGA